AUGGAUUCCGCUAUUGACAUAAGUUCAGAUAGUGAUGUCGAGAUACAAGAGACUAGAACCAGGCCUCCUCUUCCUCCUCCACGCUUAGCUCAAGGCUCUCAUAGAAGGGAUCUCUCUGCGCUGAGACCUCACCAUCCACAUUUUGCCGGAAAUGGGCACAUAGGAAGUUCCAGAACUCCCAAUGGCGAUUAUGAGAAACUUUCAUCUCAACAAGGUGUUAAAAGGAUACGUACUCCAUCUGUUAGUCGACCUCCUAUGCCUUUGAGACCUGAUGGCGUUACAAGUAACGGGCAUGCGAGUCACUUUCGUGGGGAUUAUAGUAAUCCAGCUGCAGCCAACAAUGGUGGAGCACAUGAUGGGAUAGGCAUGGGGCGUGUGAUCAAUGGCGCCCGGAUCCUGCCUCCAUCGGUCGCACAUGGAACAGCUGCUUCUACUUCACAUUUUAACGGUUCAAGUGAGCCACUGCACAGGAAUGGCGUAGGUGAAGAUAGGGGUUCAGAGAAUGACGAGAGGCUCAUCUAUCAGGCUGCACUACAGAAUCUGAAUCAACCAAACUCCGAGAUCGAUUUACCUCCCGGUCUUCUCUCAGUUCCCCUUAUGAAGCAUCAGAAAAUUGCAUUGUCAUGGAUGUUUCAGAAGGAAACUAGAAGUGCGCCCUGCUUAGGAGGGAUAUUAGCUGAUGAUCAGGGCCUUGGUAAGACAGUGUCGACUAUUGCUCUUAUCCUAUUGCAAAUGCACGAGGCAAAACUAAAUUCUGAGAAUAUAAGCAAUCAAGUGUCUGAAGCACUGGAUCUGGAUGCGGAUGAUGAGUCAGGAAAUGCAUUUGAGAAACCAGAGUCUAAGGCUUCAGUUGGUAAUGGCUUGAAUGGCAUUUCAGGCAUAAAGAAAGCCAAGGAUGAAGAAGCGAGCACUUCAACACGGAGAUUCAAAGGGAAAAGACCAGCUGCUGGCACUUUAAUUGUUUGUCCUGCAAGUGUUGUGCGGCAGUGGGCAAGAGAGCUUAAUGACAAGGUCACCGAUGAAGCCAGACUUUCUGUUUUAAUCUACCACGGUGGUAACAGGACCAAAGAUCCUAUUGAGCUAGCAAAAUAUGAUGUGGUUAUGACAACUUACGCGAUUGUUUCGAAUGAAGUUCCAAAGCAACCCCUGAAGGAUGACGAUGAGAAUGAUGAGAGAAAUGGCGAAAAAUACGGUCUCGCCUCUGGCUUCUCUACCAAUAAGAAGCGCAAAGAUGAAUUGGGUGCUACUAAGAAAAGUAAGAAAAGAGGUAAAAAAAACGCUGGCGACUCUUCAUCCGAAACUGACUGUGGCACUCUAGCAAGAGUUGGGUGGUUUAGAGUUGUACUAGAUGAAGCUCAGACAAUUAAGAAUCACAGAACCCAGGUGGCAAGAGCAUGUUGCGGUCUUCGAGCCAAAAGGAGGUGGUGUUUGUCUGGAACCCCGAUACAGAAUACCAUAGAUGAUUUAUAUAGUUACUUCAGGUUUCUAAAAUAUGAUCCUUAUGCCGUGUACAAGUCAUUCCAAAACACAAUUAAGGGUCCAAUUUCCAGAAAUUCCCUACAUGGUUACAAGAAGCUUCAAGCUGUUUUAAGAGCUAUAAUGCUGCGCCGUACCAAAGUUGGUAAGAUGAUAUUUCUUUCUCUGCAGGCAUAUGCUGCUGCAGGAACUUUGAAUCAAAACUAUGCAAACAUUCUUCUCAUGCUUUUGCGAUUACGCCAAGCUUGUGACCACCCCCAACUUGUUAAAGGACAUAACUCAGAUUCAGUUGGAAAAGAAUCAGAAAAAGCGGCUAAAAGGCUUCACAGGGAGGUGAAAGUUAGCUUGCUCAAUCGCUUACAAUCAUCUCCCAUUUGCUGUGUCUGUAGCGAUCCACCAGAAGACCCUGUAGUUACUUUGUGUGGCCAUAUAUUCUGCUACCAGUGUGUAUCAGAUUAUAUAACAGGCGAUGAGAACACGUGCCCUAGCUGCAGAGAACAGCUUGCGCAUGAUGUUGUUUUCUCUGAGUCUACUCUUAGAAGAUGCGUCGCUGAUGAUAUGGGUUGUAGUUCUUCAGAUGAUAAAGUUCCUGAUAAAGCAUUUUUCCAGAAUGGGGAGUUUAGCUCAUCAAAAAUCAAAACUGUCUUAGAGAUUCUGCAGUCGCUUUCUAACCAAGGCAGUUCCAACUCAACGCAGCACGGUCGAAUCUCUUCUUCCUCGCAGCCAGAUGACGACGAUGAUGUUACCAUUGUAGAGCAGGCGACUCGGCGCUCAACUCCUUCAAACAGAGAGCCAAUCAAAACGAUUAUCUUUUCUCAGUGGACUGGUAUGCUUGACUUACUCGAGCAGUCUCUAAUUGAAAACAAUAUAGAAUUCAGAAGAUUAGAUGGUACCAUGAGUCUAUUAGCGAGAGACAGAGCUGUGAAAGAAUUCAGCAACGAUCCAGAUGUAAGAGUGAUGAUAAUGUCUUUGAAAGCUGGAAACCUUGGGCUGAAUAUGGUGGCUGCAUGUCAUGUCAUUCUUCUUGAUCUUUGGUGGAAUCCAACUACGGAAGAUCAAGCUAUUGAUCGAGCACAUCGUAUUGGACAAACUCGACCCGUUACUGUUACUCGUAUGACGAUAAAAGAUUCUGUCGAGGAUAGAAUAUUGGCUCUCCAGGAAAAGAAAAGGGAAAUGGUUGCUUCUGCCUUUGGUGAAGAUCAUGGUGGAAGCUCUGCGACUCGACUAACAGUAGAUGAUCUCAGAUAUCUAUUCGAGGUGUAG